CUCAUAUACCAUCAUGGUGCUAAAAUCUUGUACUUAUUGUGGAUCCCAGGAUCUUGAGAGUGUAAAGCACCUGGGAGAACUGGUGUGCCAGGACUGUGGCGCCGUCCUACAGGAGAACACAGUCCUCGAGGACCUCCAGUAUUCCGAAAACAGACUUGGAAGCAGCACUUUGGUUGGUCAAUUUAUACCAGUAUCUGGGAUAAGGCCUGGAACCCUGUCUUCAGGAUCUCUGCCAAGCCGUGAUCAUGUACUCAAACGUGGCUGUGAUAAUAUCGAACGUAUCGCAUUACGCCUUAAUUUGUCACCGGAGCACAUUAAUAAGGCACAGGCCAUCUAUAAAUUGGCCGUACAGAGAAAUUUUACAAUGGGCAGGAACAAUCUACACGUUGCAUCGUGCUGUCUUUAUACAGUAUGUAGACGUGAGAAAACUCCACACCUAUUAAUCGACUUCUCGGACAUUUUACAAACGCCAGUAAAGACAAUCGGACAAAUUUUCAUGAAACUCGUGCGUAUGUUGCACAUUUCAGUCCCCAAUGUGGACCCAUCUAUCUUCUUUGAGCGCUUUGCCUCGAAACUCUAUCUUAAGGAUAAUAUACAAAAAGUCAUUUCAACGGGUGUACGCAUCAUACAAGCCAUGAAUAGGGAUUGGUUGUGCACUGGAAGAAGGCCUACAGGACUCUGUGGAGCUGCACUGGUUGUGGCAGCAAGGUUCCACGGAAUAUCGUUGCCAGCCGAAGACGUUGCUGCUGUGGUUCGUAUUUCUCAUCCCACAAUUAUGAAGAGACUAUCGGAAUUUAAAGAUACGUGCGCUGCACAUCUCAAGUGCUCAGAAUUUGAAAAGGUCGAUUUGGAUACGCUGCCAAACAUCAAACUUCCACCAUGUCUAAUAUCAAAAUAUGCGGCCAAGGAAAGAAAGUAUGCGAAAUCUCUGGAUGGACGUAGUGAUGUCUCCACGACUGAUACCGCAGAAUACGAUUUGCGUGGAAAGGAUUACGCUGAAACGGAUUCAACCUACUCGGACUUUGAUAGACAAAGUGACCCUUGUCUCUCUGAAAACUCCCCAAUAUUGGGACCAAUCAAUGUAAAUAUACCAACAGAUGUCUUGUGCAAUGAUCAACCAACUGCGGCGCAAAUCAAUAACAUUGCCCAAUCGAUACUUGAAAAUUUUAAAGUCAACCAACCCUCCAUUGGAGGAUUGUGCAAGUUUAAUGAAACCGAAUCAUGCGAAGAUUCCGAGCUUAGUUCAGACGACGAAGAGGAUAUCCAGGUGUUUGCCGAAAUGAUUCUCCCAGAGAGUGAAAAGGAGUCAAAAACCAAGCUUUGGGAUGAAAUCACAAAGGACAUCAUGCAAAAGGUCAUGAGACGACAAAAGGAAAGGAAAAAGAGGGAAGAAUCUGGACAAGCUAUCAAAAAACGCAAAUAUACAAGGAGAAAAUAUAUGGACUACCCAGAAGCAAACAAUGCAGCAGAAUCAACCAAAAUGGCACUCGAACGACGUGCCAAGGGAUUUAUUAGCCACAUUAACACAAACGCCUUUAAUGCACUACUAUCACAAAGCUAG